AUGUCAUUUUAUCGAGACGAGAUUGAUGGACUACGAGCAGUUGCUGUUAUUCCAGUCAUUUUAUAUCAUGCUGGUUGCACUUCGUAUUUCGCUGGAGGUUAUAUUGGUGUUGAUAUAUUCUUUGUUAUUAGUGGUUAUCUAAUUACAUCUGUCAUUGAAAAUGAACGUGAACAAGAAAUAUUUUCACUUGUUCACUUUUAUGAACGACGAUGUCGUCGCAUUCUUCCAGCACUUUAUUUCAUUUUAUUUGUCAGUAGUAUUUUUGCUUAUUAUUGGAUGUUACCUGAUCAAUUGAAAGAAUUUGGACAAACUUUAAUUUCUAUUGUUGCUCUUUCUUCAAAUAUAUUCUUUUGGUGGAAAGACGAUGGCUAUUUUACACAAUUAACUGAAUUAAAUCCUUGUGUUCAUACGUGGAGUUUAGCUGUUGAAGAACAAUUUUAUUUUAUAUUUCCAUUAAUAUGUUAUUUUUCUGGAAAGAAAAAUCGUUGCCUUAUCAUUCUACUGAUAUUUUUAGCUUUGAUUAGUUUUUUUCUUGCUCAAUGGGGUGGAAAUUUUCAAUCGACUUCCAAUCAUCAAUUUCAUAUGUUUUCUCAACAUUCAUGGGCAUCAUUUUACUUACCUAUAGGACGAGCAUGGGAGUUAUUACUCGGUUCUUUUGCUGCAUUCUACUUACGACUUAAUAGAUCAGUCAGCAAAAUACGGUCAUGGGGGUAUGUUGAACGAGCAUUUAAUGUUUUAAGACAAAAUAAAAAUACAUUUUCAAUUCGAACAUCAACAACAAACAAAAGAUUGAUAUUAAUUGGUGAUAGUUUUGCGCAAGAUUUUUAUAAUAUAAUUAUUGAAGGAAAACAUUUGACUAACUAUGAAAUGCGUGUGUUUUUUAUUCAUGGACGAUGUCAAAUGUAUAUUGGUCCAGAAGAUCGAAAACAAUUUAUUAAUGCAAUAGAUCAUCAAAUAUGUACAAAUCGUAACGAUAUUAAAUAUGCUUUACCAGUUAUUCGUCAAGCUGAUGUUAUUAUUUUAUCUGGUAAAUGGUUUGAAUGGAGUGCUAAACGAUUACCAAUGACAUUAAAAUUGUUAAAUUUAACAAAAAAACAACAAAUAUUUGUUAUUGGACGAAAACAUUUUGGUAAUGUUAAUCCAAAAUUAUAUGUUAAUAAAUCAACUGAAUAUCGACUUAAACAAUAUCAAUAUCCAAGUAUAGAUGUGAUCAAAGUUAAUAGUUUAUUAGAAAAAACCAUAGAUAAAUCAAUAUUUGUCAAUAUACUAAAAAUGAUCUGUACUGGAUAUAAUCGAACAUGUCCUCUUUUUACUCGUGAUGGAAAAUUAAUAUCAUAUGAUGGAAGAUAUUUGACUAAAUAUGAUGCUAUUUAUGUUGGUAAUAUUAUUUUUAAAAAUAAACCAUUAAAUAAAUUAUAA